AUGGUUCUAUUCUUUGCAACCUUACUAAUCUUAUUGCCUCAGAUCGCAUGCUAUAUUCCUCUUGCUAAAUGUAAUGUGGGGGACCCAGUCCUUAUUAAGCACAAAAAAUAUCAUUCAGAAUAUCUGGUUAUUGGUGGCAUUACUUUUCAGAUUUCCAUGUUUUCCAGCACUGUAACAUUCAUAAGGAAUCCAUCAGAAGAAAAUGUUGAUUUCAUAAUUCAUAUGCAGAAUUUUCAGCAUAUCCUGGCCUUGGAAUUUGCUGUCAAAGAAAUCAAUGAAAAUCUCGGGAUCUUGCCCAAUAUCACAUUGGGCAUCCAUGACUCUAAUAGCUAUUUCUUGGCACGUUGGAUCUAUCUCGCUUCCAUGGAACUUCUCUCUUCAAAGGGAAGAUUCAUCCCAAACUACAAGUGUGAUCUCAAGGACAAUGUGGUUGCUGUUCUUGCAGGUCCUAAUGCUUUCAUUAGCCAGUUCAUGUCAAAUAUUCUGAGCAUUUACAAGAUCCCACAGCUGCCAUAUGGCUCUGCUCCAGUGAUAGAUGACAGCACACAGGUUGUUUUCUUGCACCAGGCAUUUCCAAAUGAAGAUCUUCAAAUCAAGGGGAUGAUCCAAUUGUUGCUAUAUUUUCAGUGGAUAUGGAUUGGGCUGAUUGUCCAAAGUGCUGUGAAAAGACAGAGAUUUCUACAGAACAGGCUCACCACAUUUUCUCAGAAAGGUGUUUGCUUUGACUUUGUGGAAGAAUUACCAAAGGCAUCUGUUUCCAAUGAAAUAUAUAACCUGCUUACACGUUAUAUAAAACUUUACAAUGUUGUUAUGACAAGUAGUGCCAAUGUUGUGAUUAUCUAUUGUGAAAACCAGGACAUGAUCGUUCUGAGAAUGUUGCCCUACGUUUCAGACUUUGAGGGCACAACAGUGAAGAGAAAAGACAAAAUUUGGAUAAUACCAGCCCAGAUGGAGUUCUCAUCACUCCCCUUUCAAAGAUAUCGGAGUAUGGAUUUCAUGCAUGGUUCUCUGUCUUUUCAAGUUUCCUCAAAGGACCUAUUGGGCUUCAAGAGAUUUCUUCAGAUGAGAAAAGUUACUUCUGGAGAGGAAGACAGUUUGAUCAGAGUGUUUUGGGAAAGUGCAUUUGAAUGUUCUUUCUCCAAUGCCAUGUUAGAGGAGGAUGCUGAGAAUGAAUGCACAGGUGAGGAGGAACUAGAGACCCUUCCUAAGUCUGUUUUUGAGACCGUUAUGACUGGUCAGAGCUACAGUGUCUACAAUGCAGUCCAUGCUGUGGCACAUGCUUUGCAGGUCAUGCUUUCAUCCAAAUACAAACUCAAGGCGAGAGGAUAUGGCUCAAAAUGUAAGACGUUGAAUGAAUACGUGUGGCAGGCACAGCCCUUUUCUGUAUGCAACGGCCAUUGUUUUUCAGGGUAUAGCAGGAUAAAAAGAGAAGGGAAGCCAUUUUGCUGCUAUGAUUGCCUUCAAUGUCCAGAAGGGGGGAUUUCAAACAAGACAGAUGCAGAUUACUGUUUUCAGUGUUUGGAAGGCCAAUACCCAAACAAAGCUCACAACCUUUGCAUUCCAAAACGCAUCAUAUUUUUGUCUUAUGAAGAACCUCUGGGACUCGCAUUGACAAUUAUUGCUUUAUUUUUUUCUGUCACCUCAGCUUUGGUUCUUAAGACCUUUAUUAAUCAUCAGGACACUCCCAUUGUCAAAGCUAACAACAGGAACCUAACCUACAUUCUUCUCAUUGUUCUUCUGCUCUCUUUUCUUUGCACUCUGCUGUUCAUUGGGCAACCCAACCAAGUGAAAUGUCUCAUGAGACAAACUGCUUUUGGCAUCAUCUUUUCUGUAGCAGUUUCUUGUAUUCUGGGGAAAACAACCAUUGUUGUUCUUGCUUUCAUGGCCACCAAGCCAGGCUCCCAAAUGAGGAAGUGGCUGGGGAAAAGGCUGGCCAACACGAUUGUCGUAUCUUGCUCCCUGGCACAAUUUAUCAUUUGUAUAGUGUGGUUGGCUAUUUCUCCCCCAUUCCCAGAUUCUGACAUGCACUCCAUGGCUGAAGAAAUUCUCCUGCAAUGCAAUGAAGGUUCAACCACAAUGUUUUACAUAGUCCUUGGUUUUAUAGGAUUUUUGACUGCUAUUAGCUUUACAGUGGCUUUUCUUGCUAGGAAGCUACCUGACAGCUUUAACGAAGCCAAAUUUAUCACCUUCAGCAUGUUGGUCUUUUGUAGCGUCUGGAUGUUAUUUGUUCCCACCUAUCUGAGCACCAAAGGGAAAUACAUGGUGGCGGUGGAGAUCUUCUCCAUUUUGGCUUCUGCAGGUGGAUUACUGGGCUGCAUCUUUUUCCCCAAAUGCUACAUUAUUGUUCUAAGGCCUGAUUUGAACAGAAAGGAGCAGCUAAUAAAGAAAUAA